ACUGCCUUUAGAUGGCAGCAGAGCGCUGUCUGUCACUUGCGUUUAGAAGACGUAGACGAAGAAGAAGAACUUGUUGACGUCACACGCAGAGCUGAUGAUGGCGGUUGAUUUGACUCCCCGUUUCAGACGGUUGAACAGCCAAACGAGGAGUUUUCGAGAAAAUACACAACAUGUUUUCUCGGGGCCCUUCGGUGCCACCCAGCUGUGGCACAACAUCAUCCAGGCCCUGCAAACCCAGGUGGAGGUGCGCCGCUGUAGAAGGCAUCUCCGCGUUCACACCGAAUGUUUCACAGGCUCGGACGCCGUGGAUGCCGUCCUCAGUUACUUGAUGCAGAAUGUGGUGUUUUGCACAAGUGAAGUGUCUCGCCUCAAAGCUGCCCGACUGUGCCAGGCGCUGAUGGAGGCCAAGGUGUUCGAGCCAGUGGGUACGAAGCUGUUUCGCAGAGACAAGGAAGUGACCUUUGAGGACAGCAGCUGCAGCCUUUACCGUUUUCUGGAAUAUAAAGUGGUACCAAAUUCUGCCAUGAAAGAGUGCAAUAGUGACACAGAAAAUGUGCCACCAGAGGAACAAGGGCUGAAGAGGAAGAAGAGCUCCAGGAGGCUGAACGAACUGAGGACAAUCUCUAAUCCCCUUGCUGUCGGACCAUCAGACAGGAGGGUUGAGAGGCUGCUGAGAACCAUCAACCUGCGACCAACCUUGUCUACAGCUUUAAACACAACCCCCACUACUCCUGCCUUUCUGUCCAAAACUGUGAUGGAUGACGUUUGGAAGCAGCAGACGCUACUGCAACUGCUGCAGAUAGUAGAGCUGCCCAUGCUGGACUGCAUCCUGAUGUCUCCUUCCAGGGUUCAGCUCCAGGCCUGCAGAGCUCUUGUAGCCACCCAGGACCUGGUUAUCUCUAACACAUGUCUGGAGAGAGAGCUGCCCGACACUCUUAAUCUGCCCCAUUUGGAUGGGUGGCUGUCGGCAGCGGCAGACUGCUUGGAGCUCUUUCCCGACCAGCUGAUCGUGGUUGCAGGGGAGCAGCUCAGCCAACAAGGUGACAAUACCUUUUCAGAAGACGGCCAGUCGGAGCAGAUGGCGAGCCAAAAGAGGCUGCUGUUUGACACUAUUGCCAAGUACUACAGUGGACAGGAGAAAGCUCCCCUUCUCUCAGGACACCACGUGGACAUACACGCUGCAAUCCUGGAUUUGCUGGAUGAAGGGAAGUUGCAGGAUGCCAUCAAAGCAUCUCAGCUGUGUUUUCGACUGCUGGAGACGAGCGUGAGGGAUGAACUCAGGAGACUGCUGACCUUUAUGGCCACAGCAGCUCACCCAGACGCUUGCCGUCUUCAGAAACAGAUUGAUAACAGGGCCUCAGUCUGCCGUGCUUUUCAGAGAGCAAUUGUCCAGAAUCAUGAACUGACUCGAACCCAAAGUGAAACCCUGGUGCUGUUUCUCAUGGACAAUUACACUGAGCUCUUCAAGACUCCUACAUCCCUUAUUGAAGCUGUGAGGAGAACACUGAGGACUAUGCAGCAGGGAAAAGACCCUGACUCAACUGCCACGUUCACCUUCUGCCAGCAGGUGUCGCCAGAGGAGUACGAGGACCAGCGAGAGGCUGCCACCCUGGAGAGCCUCAAACAGCUUCUUCAUGACAUCUCCUCCAGCAAAACCUUACCUGUCAAGGAGAGAAGGAGGCUGCUCAAAGAGUUUGAGAAACAUCACCCCGUGGUCUUCCUCCAGCAUUUAUCCAGCACCUUCUGAAUCAUACAUGUGAAGGCUUAUCGGUUUGACUUCCCAAGUGCACUUCACAGAGCCAGGUUGCAGUGGUACAGCGCUUACACUGAAGAAUAGCAAUAAUUUAAUGCACAUUAAUCUGGGUCAGAUUAAACAUGCUGUUGUUAGUGAUUGACGUGAUGUGAUGAAGUCACAUGAGGCCACAGUUGUUGAGGCUUUAUUUGUAGAUAUUCUGUUAAGUCUUGUUCUUUCGUGUUUGUUACAAUCUUGUAGCACUGGAUGCAACUAUCUCAAUGGUUCUCAGCCUUUUCUUGUGUCAAAGACCCCUAAAUGGAUACGCAUUAAAUCACGGACCCCAUCUGAUAAGAUUUCACACCACAAAACUCCAUCUAAGGGCUGCGACUAGUGAUUAUUUUCACUAUCGAUUAAUAUGUUGAUUAUUUUCUCGAUUAAUCCAUGGGUUGUGUGGUCUUUGAAAUGUCAGAAAGUGGUGAAAAAUGUUCUCCCAAAGCUUUAGAUUACGUUCUCAGACGUCUUGUUUUGUCCACAACCCAAAGAUAUUUAGUUUACUGAGAUAGAUGUGUGAAGAAACCAGGAAAAAAAUUCACAUUUAAGAAGCUGGAAUAAAAGAGUUUUGACUUUUUUUUUUUUAAAGCAAAUUAGUUGGUGAUUAAUUUAAUAGUUGACAACUAAUCGAUUUAUUGUUGCAGCUCUACUUCCAUCUAAAAAGAUAUUGGUUGUAAGACAUGAUUGAAAUUUGCCUGUGUCCAGACCUGAGUUUGAGUUGACUGAUUUCAUCUGGCAUCGUGACAUGAAACAGCAAUUUCUCAGUUAAAAUAAAAAACAAGCCAAUCAGCGCCACAGGUGGGACUAGUACUGUAGUCAAGCUGUUGUCAAGCGCUGUUAAAUGGUUUGCAGAACCAAUGAGUAUUAAUAACAACGGCUAGCGCUGUAGACAAGAUAGAUGCUGCUAUUGAGGCUGUUCUACAUCAGCAUGUCUUUUCAGUACUGCCGGACAUCAUAGUUUGUUUUACUUCGCUCCACUCCACUCUGUAAAUCCUGGCAAAACAGGUAUAUCAGCAUUAGUGUGGAGUUAAGGUUAAGGUGCCUAAACAGCAGUACUCAGUGAGCUGUGGUAGUUUCAGCUGUUUGUGGCAGUUGACAUUUUUUGUUAAGUUAGGACACAUCUUUUAAUUUUACAUUAAUGACACUAACUUUAUGUUUAAAGAUGAAUAACGUUUAAAGAUGGCUUAUGUGCACUAGAUUAGGGACAGACCGAUAUGGAUUUUUUAGGGCCGAUGCCGAUACCGAUUUUUUUUCAUCACCCUUAGCCGAUGACCGAUUAUG